AUGGCCAUGCUCCUCCUCUUCUCUCUGCUUUUUGCUGCCAAUGCUACAAUAGUUGCAAGGGUCGGGAAUAUCCAGGCUGUGGGGUUUCUGGUUUGCUCUCGAACUGGAUUAAUAACAUCUGGAUCGGCCAACCCAGGCUUGGUUGGUGUUGGAGUUAACUUGACAUGCGAUGGAGGGAGAACUACACUUGCCACUGCUAUAACCUCAAACACUGGCUUCUUCAAUCUUAGUGCCUCCAAUAUUCCACUUGUUAAUCGUCCCUCUCUUCCAUCUACUAAUUGUGUUGUGCAGGCUCAGCUCCCUAUCCGCACUUGCAACCUCUUGCCUGCAACUGGUGGAAUACUCAUAGGUGUUCUCGACCUUGUUACUCAGACUCUGGAUAGGAUCGCAUUACUACUGGGGGAUGUGGGAGUUCUCAUCCUUUAA